AUGGCUAAGCAAGUGGCCUCCAACUUCUUGGAGGUCAAUUAUACCCAAUGGGACAUGGAAAGUAACCAUCACCGCUGUAUAUGUCAUGUGAUAGCUCUUAUUAAAGGUGCAGGUCUCAAGGCGCUGAAGCUUUCAAAAAAAAUACUUCGACCGAAGAAGGUGGAUCCAUAUCUUCCAACCCUUGCAACCAUCACCAAAGAGGAAACAGUGGCCAACAGUGAUGAUAUUGUCAAGGUGAUCAACAACAAUGAAUCUGAUCACAACGAAGUAAAUCCAGAUGACGCACUUCCUGAUAACAUUGAGGAUGGCUGGGAGGCCAACAAUGAAGACAAUAGCACUGAGGAAUGUGGUACUGGAAUAGGUUUGACUCUCAAGAAGGCACCCCAAAGGAUGCUCAGACCCAAGGUGCUACUGUAG